AUGACGCUCACUCCCCGUGCGCACCUCCCGUGCGUCGCGCGUGCAGAGGUGUCGACGUUCAUGCACGCGUGCGAGGGCGAGGCGGUGACGCGGCUGACGGUGGGAGAGAAGGUGCCGUACUUCAACGCGCCCAUCUACCUCGAGAACAAGACGCAGAUCGGCAAGGUCGAGGAGAUCUUCGGCCCCAUCAACGAGCCGUAUUUUUCGAUAAAGAUGCAGGAGGGGGUGGUGGCGACGUCCUACUCGCCGGGGGACAAGUUCUUCAUCGACCCCAUGAAGCUGCUGCCGCUGCAGCGCUUCCUACCGCAGCCCAACGCUUCCUGCCGCAACCUAAGGGUGCCAGUGCAGGGGGGAGAGGGGGCUUUGGAGGCCGGGGAGGCAGGGGGGGUCGUGGAGGGGGGCGAGGGGGAUUCAGGGGAGGGGGAAGGGGUGGAGGAGGUGGGUUCAGGGGGAGAGGGGGAGGGGGAGGGUUUCGGGGUGGAGGGGGGGGAUUCAGGGGGAGGGGUGGUGGUUUCCGUGGUGGUCGUUUUUAGGGUGGCAAGUCAAUGCGCGCAUGUGUGCCUCAAUAUUCGUCUCUUCACGCGCGACGCCGUCCCGCCCGCCGCCAUGGACGCUCCCCCUUCCCCUUCCAACGCGUCCGUUCCGCGGUUCCUCUUCAUCUCACCCUCCGUCUCCUACCGCGACCACCCGCGCGGACCCCCUUCCCCGCCCUCCCCCUCCGCCACCGCAGCCUUUCCGCGCUUCUCCCCUUCCUGCUUCUCCCCCGCCCGCUCCAUCGGUGCGCGCCGGUUGCGCUGUCUGUCCGCGCGGGGGAAUGGCGCGGGGGAAGAGGAGCAUGCGGAUGAGUACGGGGGGAGCGACGAGUCCGGGGACGACGGCGGAAGCAUGGGGGGAGGGGAUGACUUGCGGAGAGACGGGGGAGAUGCGGAAUAUGCGGACUAUUAUGCAAGUGGGCGGGUUAAUUCGCACCCGUUAGAAUCACACCGCACGCCUAGUCACUCCCCGGGCUUCAGUAUACCUUCCGCGCAGCAAGCGCGCAGCAGCAAAUCGGUAGGCGACACGUCAGCAGAACGGGAGGGCUCCGACGAAUAUAACCAGCCCAGUCGAGACGACGAUGAUCCCGAACGAGAAGCGGAGGCUCGGGAAGCAGCAGGGUUGGGUUUGGGGGACGAGGAGUGGCUGGGUGUGUCGGGGCAUAGGGGAGGCGGCAGCGGGGGAGACGGAAGGGGGGGCGGCGGCAGCAGGGGAGGCGGAAGCGGGGGGGGCGGAAGCGGGGGAGGCGGAGGAGCGCGGGGGGCGCUGGAGGUGGCGAUGGAGAGCCGGUCGCUGGCGAACCAGCUGCUGCGCGCCGAUGAGGAGGGCCGCCUCCGCUGCAAGCUUGCAGCGCAGCGGUGGCCCCAGGACGCUGAUGUCUUUCAAAAGAUUGACGAGUACUACUAUAAGGGCACACUACUGGAGUCGGACGUCAGAGCCGUCACCUCGCCUUCUGCCCUCCAGGUAUCCCACGCACAACGCCUUCCUCUUUCACCGCACACCUCCUACCUGCCUCACCCUACACCGCCUCCUUCCCUCGCCCCACGCCUCCCAUGCCCUCUAUCCACUCUCUCCCCCCUCGUCCUUCGCUGUCACAAAUUCUCACUCCCACACUGCCCCUCUCUGCAGUAG